CAACCAACCUACAUACAACAUCAUUUACCGUGCAAGCAACACUGCGUAUCAGAGUCGGCCAGCAGCCAGCAGCCAGCAGCCAGCAGCCACCAUGCCUCCCGUAAAGGCCAUGAAUGUUCUCAUAUAUGCUGGAAACGGCACCACCGCCGAGUCCGUGCGGCACUGCGUACACUCGUUCCGGCGCCUGCUUUCGCCGCACUUUGCCGUGUCGACAGUUACAGCCGAUGCGAUUCUGAAGGAGCCAUGGAUGUCCACCUGUGCGCUUCUCGUUCUUCCCGGCGGUGCCGAUUUGCCGUAUUGUAGAACUUUCAACGGCGCGGGUAACAGGAGGAUCUCGCAGUAUGUGCGGCAGGGCGGGUCUUUUAUCGGGUUCUGCGCCGGGGGCUACUAUGCUUCGAAGCAGUGCGAGUUUGAGCCCAACAAUCUGAAGCUCGCCGUGGUGGGGAGUCGGGAGCUGGCUUUCUUCCCUGGCACCUGCCGAGGUGCAGCAUUCACCGGGUUUGAGUAUGCGAGUGAGAAUGGUGCGAGGGCUCCUACCAUCUGCGUGCUGGCGAUGGGGGAGGGGAAGAAGGAGGAAUUUAGCUUCAAGUGCUACUUUAACGGCGGUGGAGUGUUUGUGGAUGCGGGGAAGCUCAAAGAUCAAGGGGUGGAGGUGUUGGCGAGUUAUGAGGGUGAGCUCGAUGUUGAUGGAGGGGAUGGCAAGGCGGCGGUGAUUUACCGCAAAAUCGGAGAGGGCGGUGUGAUUCUCACGGGGCCUCAUCCUGAAUUUAUCGGCUCACACCUACGCAAGAGUAAUGGAGGACCGGAAUACUCAAAAGUUGUCGACGCCAUCAUCGAAGACGAGGAGAAGCGUGUCAGAUUCUUGAAGUGCUUGCUGCGAAAGCUCGGCAUAGAGGCAUCCGCGACGAACAUGCCUCCUCCACGUCUCAGUAGGGUACAUCUGACUGCAGCGCACCCUUCUGACGUGGCAAAGUUGGUUGAUCGUCUGCAAGAUAUAAUCACGAUCCAAGGAGAGAUGACGAAGAUUAUUGACGACAACGACACAUUUAUUCUUGAACAGGAAAGCUCGAAUGGGAGCUAUAGCUUUUGUACAAAGGACCUGACUGACGCACUUGAUGAUCCUGAGAAUGACAUCGUCGAUUAUAAUGAAGUGCCAAAAUCGCUGCACGCGCAUAGCUCGGGGUUGCCAUCCAAUGAAGAAACUCCCUUCUUUGACCACAAGUCCUUCUACGAGAACCUCUGGACCUACCGUCACCAGUCACGUUCUUUGCCCUCGCAGUUUGGAACCUUCAUGCUCUACGGCGAGACGGUAACAAGUACCAACACAAUGCUGGACAAGAAUCCCAAGCUCCUUGAACACCUACCGAACGGCCUCACUUUCGCGGCAACAACCCAGUUAGCCGGGCGGGGAAGGGGCAACAACGUCUGGAUUUCGCCCAAAGGUUGCAUGAUCUUCUCUACCGUGAUCCGUCACGCCCAGGAGCUGAAUAUCACUGCCCCGGUAAUGUUUGUGCAAUACCUUGUCGGGCUAGCCGUCGUGGAAGGAAUCAAGAGCUAUGCUCCAGGCUACGAAGGAAUACCGGUGCGCUUGAAAUGGCCAAAUGACAUUUACGCUCGCGACCCCACCUCGGCCACAGAAUCUUUCGUCAAGAUAGGCGGAAUUCUUGUCAACUCUUCUUAUCAGAGUAAUCAGUUCCACCUUGUGGUGGGGGUGGGAAUAAACACGCACAACGAAGCACCAACGACAUCGCUGAACCUUCUACGUGCCGCUCUCAAUCCGUCACUUCCGGAAUUUACCCAGGAAAAGCUGCUUGCCAGGGUGCUAGUGACCUUCGAGGAGAUGUAUCUCAAGUUCUGCCGUAGCGGAUGGGAGCCAUUUGAGCAGCUGUACUAUCGCCAUUGGCUACAUACCGGACAGCAGGUGACGCUGGAGAUGGAGGGCAGUGUUAAGGGACGUGUUGUGGGUAUCACGAGGGAUUGGGGGCUGCUGAAGGUGGAGGAGUUGGAUCAAGAAAGGCUCACCGGGAAGACGUGGACGCUGAUGAGUGAUGGGAAUAGCUUCGAUUUCUUCAAGGGCCUGUUGAAGAGGAAGAGCUGAAGGGAAGUGUUAUAGGUACAUAUUUCUCUGCAGCGAAUUGAGUGCAGUUAGUGU